AUGCCAAAUAAGAGUACUGCCACCACUGCAGAAAGUUUAACUGGACAGCAUGAUCUAAUGAAUAAGCUUCAGAGUACCAGCCUCGCGCGCCACGCAGGGCCGGCCGCCGGCGGGGACCCAGAGCCUCUUACCUUCGUGCCCCAGCCGCGUCCUCCCGGCUGCAGAAGAAAAGCCUGGAGGCCCGGCCGCGCCGCCCCCGGGGCUCCCUCAGCGCCCGCCCAGCAGCCGGCGCCGCAGCGGCCGCGCCACGGCCCCGAGCCGCCGGCACCACCUCAUACUGCGGGGCUGCCGCGCGCUCCCGCACCUCCCUGCGGGGACGAGCUAAUCCAGUCCCGCAGUGGGGCCGCGGAGAAGGCGGCCCGGGGACCCCGGCGUCCUGAGAGAACAAUGUGGGGCCGCGAGGAGGAGGAGCGGAACACCGCGGCGCGAGCGGGCGGACAGCAAUCCCGGGCAGCGUUUGUGUGCGAGCGUGCAACGGGCGCUCGGCCCCUCCCUCCUCCUCCUCCCCCUGCCCCCCCCCCCCCGCCGUCUCCUCCUCCCUCAAGCACACCCCGUCUCCCAGGCCACAGCAUAGCAACCGAACAUGGCGGCUGCGCAGACGCCGCCAGUCAGCGGCCGGGAGCAGCGGCGGCGGCCACGGGAGGCGAUCUCGCGAGAGGCGAGGCCAAGCCCCCUCCCGCCGGCGCGGGCUGGAAGCGGCUGCACAAGCCGGAGCGCGGGGGACGCGCAGGUGCGAGGGAGGCGGGACCUGGGUAG